AGUUGGACAGAUUAUCAGCAUUACAGCAAAGGUAAACAGGGCAUUUACUACCAGUAUGGAGGUUGGUGUCAGAGUUACAUUACAGGACCCCUUAACUAAGGUUCAAAAACGAAUUUGUGUGGCUUUCUCUACAUACGUUACAAGGCCAGUAGGAAAAGAGAAGAUUAACCUAAAGCCAGUCAAGCUUCUCACUGUGCAAGAUUUCAUAGAGCAUGCCCUGGCUGCUGAGCGAAGAAAAAUUCGACUGGAUCAUGACCGUGUAGUUAAUGAUCUAAUGGAUAAAUGUGGCAUGGAUGAUGACCAUGUUUGCAGUAAAGAGAAAGAUGUGGUUUACACCGAUUGCACUCAUGUGCAGAGCAUUGAACUCGUCCUGCCUCCUCAUGCCAAUCAUCAAGGAAAUACAUUUGGUGGCCAAAUUAUGGCUUGGAUGGAAACAGUGGCUACUAUUUCAGCAAGCCGCCUGUGUCAUGUGCAUCCAACUCUGAAAUCUGUAGAUAUGUUUAAAUUCCGAGGACCUUCAACUGUCGGUGACCGCCUUAUUUUUAAUGCUAUAGUUAAUAAUACUUUUCAGAAAAGUAUUGAGGUUGGAGUUCGGGUUGAAGCAUACAAUUGUGAAGAAUGGGCCAAAGGUCAAGCACGGCAUAUUAACAGUGCCUUUCUUAUUUUCAAUGCUAUCAAUAAACAUGGAAAUGUUCAUAUUCCCAGAAUGAGUUCCAUGUCCAAGGAUGGCUUAAGAAGGUACCAUGGAGCUAUUGCACGUAAGAAAAUUCGAUUAUUCAGGAGAUAUGCUCUCUUGAAGAAAGAAAACUAUUUCACACCUGAUUUCUGGGACAUUAGCGACCAGUCACUCAUAAUCAAAAGCAAUGUUACAGCACUGACUGUCUUGGCAGCAAAGCCUGGAUGGGAGAUAUGUAUGAUUCUAAACCGUACAAAAAUGUACACUCUGGAGGAGGAAAAUGCUUUGUCAAUCAAGGUUGAAAUGCAAAUACAGAUACCUUUGAAACUGGCAUUCUUUCUUUUAUCUAACUUCUCACUUCAUAAGCAUUGGACUAAAUACUACUUAAACUGUAGAGUCAUGGAGUGUGUGACUGAAGAGGACAAAAUAUACCACAUUACAUCCUCAGUAUCAGCUAAUGGAAAUAAACCCAGAGAUUUUUUAAUUCUUGUGUCUCAAAGGGAACCUUCUAACACAGAAGAUCCUUACAUAAUAGCAGUGAAGUCAAUUGCUCUAACAGCUACUCUGCCUGCUCAUCAGAACUACCACCAAAAUGAAAUCCAGUGUGCUGGAUUCCUGAUCCAGACUCAUGAGGAUUCCUCUUUGGUUUCUGUCUUCAUCCAUGGUGUACAUAAUAUCAUGCCUUACUUUGCUGGAAACCUUGCUUGUCUGUGGGAAUCAAUAGAAGAUAUAGCAUCUAUGUGCAUCCAGUUCUUAGAAUCAGAGAACAGCAAAAUGAGCUACAUUUAACGCACCAACAUGGUAUAAAAAUGAUAAAAAUCCAUGAAAACUUUAUGAACUUUCAAUUUAACAAAGCAAUUGCCAUCUACUUCUUUGAAAUCAUCAUCAUGACAAUUGCACUAUCAUCCAAGGCUAACUGAAUGACCAUCUAACCAUUUUCUAAAUUUUACAAAUAUUCUUGUAAAUGCAAUCUAUAAUAUUAUUACAUUAUAAAUAUUUUAGAUGCAAAUGUUUAUUUUAAAGUGAACUUAAACCUGCUAUUUAUUAUAAUGUGUGUAUUAGGAGUCUGGACUAUAGAUAUGUUUCACAAUUUUGAAACUGUAUUUCUGUGCAAGUCACUUUGGCACAUGUUCUGUAUAAUAAAUCAGGCAACUUAAAAUAUGUUAGCUUUAAUAAAAAUGAUGGCUAAUUAUAAUUUUAUAUUAUAAUCUGAUCAAUAUGAUAAAGUUUAUACAACAUUCUGUUAAGUUGCCAUCAUUUAUUUAGAAAUUGUAUUUUUCAUAAGCAAAUAUUUGCUUAAUGACAUCACUGAGCAACCAAAAUUCCAAUUCCAAUUGUGUUCUAAGUUGGGUAUUACCUGUACUGAGCAAAGGCUGAGUGAUUAUGUAAUAUUUGGAAAUAUUUCCUUCCUGUUCAAAGCUAAUGGGCCAAUC